AGGAACUCUCUCGCCCUCCCCCUCGACGCACUUAAAUUUACAUAACUCUGUGUGUCCACUCAUAUCACUCACUCUCUCUCCCUCUCUCUUUCUUUUUCUUUAUUCUUUCUCUCCACAAGAAACGCCGUCGUUCAUUAAAAAUGAUGGCGGUGGGUAGAUCCGCAGGCACCGUACUAUUGAUCUGCCUCUCAUUCUUUGUCGCCGUCACCGGCGAGAGUCCAUACCGAUUCUUUAACUGGAAUGUAACAUACGGUGACAUCUACCCCCUCGGUGUUCGUCAACAGGGAAUCUUGAUUAAUGGACAAUUUCCGGGUCCCGAUAUUCACAGUGUGACAAACGACAAUCUCAUCAUUAACGUACACAACAGCUUAGAUGAGCCUUUCUUAAUCUCAUGGAAUGGAGUACAGAACAGAAGAAAUUCUUAUGUCGAUGGUAUGUACGGAACAACCUGUCCAAUUCCACCGAGGGCCAACUACACAUACAUUUUGCAAGUGAAAGACCAAAUUGGAAGCUUCUAUUACUUCCCAUCACUUGCCUUUCACAAGGCGGCUGGUGGAUUCGGAGGCAUCAGAAUCCUUAGCCGUCCCGGAAUCCCAGUUCCAUUUGCUGAUCCAGCAGGAGAUUACACUGUCCUCAUUGGAGAUUGGUACAAAUCUAAUCACACGGAUUUGAAGUCUCGUCUUGAUAAAGGAAAGAAGUUACCUUCGCCUGAUGGUAUCCUUAUUAAUGGCCGAAGCAACGGUGCUACCUUAAAUGUUGAGCAAGGUAUGUUUGUCUUUGUCUAUUUCCUAUUUUUUGUUCGUUCAAUUAAUAUCCUUUCUUACGCAUAUAAUAUAGGUAAAACAUACAGGCUGAGGAUAUCAAACGUUGGAUUACAAAACUCUCUAAACUUCAGGAUCCAAAACCAUAGGAUGAAACUUGUGGAAGUCGAAGGGACGCACACACUUCAAACUAUGUUUUCUUCACUUGACGUUCAUGUUGGCCAGUCUUAUUCUGUUCUCAUUACUGCUGACCAAUCUCCUCGUGACUAUUACCUGGUUGUGUCAUCUCGAUUCACCGAUAAAACCAUAACAACCAUGGGUGUUCUCCGCUACAGUGGCUCGUCGACCUCAGCUUCUGGUUCAGUCCCCGGUGGUCCCACCAUUCAGAUCGAUUGGUCCUUGAACCAAGCCCGAGCAAUCAGAACCAACUUGACAGCUAGUGGACCAAGACCAAACCCUCAAGGCUCAUAUCAUUAUGGUCUAAUACCGCUCAUUAGGACUAUUGUAUUCGGUAGCUCAGCCGGGCAGAUAAAUGGGAAGCAAAGAUACGGUAUCAAUAGUGUCUCCUUUGUGCCUGCGGAUACGCCUCUAAAACUUGCCGACUUCUUCAAGAUUAGUGGAGUCUAUAAGAUCAAUAGCAUCUCUGACAAACCCACGGGUGGAGGUUUAUACCUUGACACCUCUGUUUUGCAAGUUGACUAUCGGACAUUUAUCGAGAUUAUAUUCGAAAACAAAGAAGAUAUCGUCCAAAGUUAUCAUCUCAAUGGUUACUCCUUCUGGGUUGUUGGGAUGGAUGGUGGACAGUGGAAUACAGGAAGUAGAAAUGGGUACAAUCUACGUGAUGCAGUGUCACGUUCCACCGUCCAAGUGUACCCAAAAUCAUGGACAGCCAUUUACAUUGCUUUGGACAACGUGGGAAUGUGGAACAUAAGAUCAGAGUUUUGGGCAAGACAAUACUUGGGACAACAGCUCUACUUGCGUGUCUUCACGACAUCGACGUCUUUGAGAGAUGAGUACCCUAUCCCGAAGAACUCACGUCUAUGCGGCCGGGCAAAAGGACGACAUACUAGGCCUUUGUAAGAAAGACGUACGAUUACGUAAAAUGGUAUUGAUACUGGUAUAAUUUCUAUGUUAUUCUUGCCAAGAAAUGUGAGGUUAUAAUGAGAGAGGAUGUAGUAUUAAUAUAGUUUGAAGUGAUCUCAACUCGAGGUCUCAAUAUUGUUUGUAAUUCAAAAUUCUUGUUUUUCUUUCCAUGCAUUUUUUAUUGAUCGUUUUUAUAUUACGUUUU